GCCGCGCCUCAGUGCUGGCGGGUCCCGCGGUCAUGUUAACGUCGUCCCAUCAGCUGCUCGUCGGUGCUUACAGUAAUAAUACCAACCGAACCGGGAUCCAUAACAACCAUUGUCAAUACCAAUCUGUCAUUUGGUAUAACCAGCAGCAACAAGUGGUACCCGUCGUACCGACCACCUUGUACCAUCAUCAGGGAGUCGUUGGUAGAUAUCCCACGUCUGACGUCAGUAAUAAGGAUCGAAACCACCACGGGUUAGGGUUCGGGUUUACUUGGGUGCUCGGCAAGGGCGUAUUAUUGAGCGCCGCUCCCGCGUAUGUGUUGUGGACGGUCGGCGAAGCGAGCUGCGUACCCGGUUUCGUGUUGGUACCGGCCGGCGGUGGUACCGCGGCGACCUUACAGCACCAAUUCGCCGGCGGAAAGUUCUCGUACCACCGGACGAACUUUAUUUUCGGCGUUUCCAUUGGCAUGGAGACUAGGUACAAAUCGAACCAAAGGACUAGCGGCGUCGUGAGGAACGUCGUGGGAGGCAGCGGCGUCGGCGGCGGCCACCAGGCGGCCGGCGGCAGGGGGGCAGCUGAGGUUCGGCGCGCCUACAAGGCGGCCGUGUUGCCUGCGUGCGGGACAGCGAAGGCGGUCACGCGCGGGAGGCGGGGAGCGCGGGGAAUGAGCAUGGGCCAGAAGGUCAGCGGCGGAGUCAAGGCGGUAAACGGCAGAGACGCCGCAGCCGCCCCGUACAAACCGGUGAUCCCGAGGGAAUUGGCGCAGGACUUUGCGAGGCCGCCGCGGCUCGACAUGCUGCUCGAUAUGCCGGCAGCGUUGAGGGAGACGCAGCUCAAGUACAGCUGGAACCAGGACGAUCGUUCUUUGAACAUCUUCGUCAAGGAGGACGACAAGUUGACGUUUCACAGGCAUCCGGUCGCGCAGAGCACGGACUGUAUACGGGGAAAGGUCGGGUUUACAAAGGGUAUGCACUGUUGGGAAGUGUGUUGGUCGACGAGGCAACGGGGUACGCACGCAGUGGUGGGCGUGGCAACUGCCGAAGCGCCCCUCCACUCGGUCGGGUAUCAUAGCUUGGUCGGUAGCACGGACAACUCGUGGGGCUGGGACUUGGGCAGGAACAAGCUCUAUCACGAUUCGAAAAACCAACCGGGGGUGCUCUACCCCGCGUUGCUGAAACCUGACGAAACGUUCAUCGUACCCGACAAGUUCCUUGUCGUCUUGGACAUGGACGAGGGCACGUUAAGUUUCGUCGUCGACGGCCAGUACCUGGGCAUCGCGUUCCGCGGUUUGAAGGGGAAGAAACUCUACCCGAUCGUUAGCGCCGUGUGGGGCCAUUGCGAAAUCACUAUGCGAUACAUUGGCGGAUUAGAUCCCGAACCGCUUCCAUUGAUGGACCUCUGUCGUCGGGUAAUAAGACAAAGACUUGGCAAGGCCCAUUUGGAAGAGAAAGUGAUGGGACUUCAGCUUCCGCAAGCGCUGCAGACUUACCUCCUGUACAGAGACCGAAGAUAAUACCGAAGAACCGAAAAGUUGUCUUCCUCGCCGCUUGUUUUGUAGUGACCAUGCGCGCGUAAUCGACUCAAAUCUCGUGAACGAAUCGUCGCAGUAACAUUUCGCGGGUUUUAAUUUAACCAAAAAAAAAGAUAAAAAUUAAAACAAAAAAUCAAUCUGACUGCCAAGUGUAACAUAUAUGAUUUUUCGAAACGGUAAUCUAUCGAGCAUCGAACAGUUUUUUCAUUUGCUCCAUGAUGGUGUUUUUAGUUCAUUACUUACGAAUCUCCCGUUCGGUUUGCGCGAACUUAGCGUUCUGACAGAACCCACAGUGCGAACUCUGUCUUUUGUUUUUUUUUUUUAGUGAUUUAUAUCUUUGAUGAUCUCUAGUGGGAUAGUAGUUCGAGAUACUUAGGACCGCAGGUGGUGAUGAACGAGAAGAAUUUUACAACAUACAGUAUAUAUAAAUAUAUUUUGAAAAAUAAAAAUUGUCUUCUUGUAAAACGUUUAAGCACAUUGGCUUCCUGAUCAUAGCUUUACUUGAUAGUUUUUAAUGUUAACCGAAUAAAAUGAAAACCAGGAAUGUACCAAUGGAACGACUGUACGCGUCAGACUCCUCCUCCCGUACGUUUUCGUACCGGGGAGUCCGGCGGAAGAGAAUAGAUGACGAUUCUCUAUGUAUAGUAAAGUGCCCUAGCAAUUUUGACAAGGAGCAUCACACUAUCCAUUGAUUGACUGACUGUAAAUACAUAUUUUUUUUGUAUUUUCGUUUCCGCUUUGUUUUCGAUCCUUUCGAGCAGCUUGUUUGUAGUUUUAGACGCAAAAUUCUAUUCCCGUUGUUGAUUUUUUUUGGGAUUGUUUGUUUUUCUUUUAGGGUCUCUGAGCUCCACCCCCUAGCGAACGAGAAAGUUUCGCCAGUUGGAAAAAAAUUAAUGGCAGAUGUGUUUUUUUUUUUUUAAUAAAAGUUUGUUUACAGUAGGUAUUCAUCGCUCGGGCCAGACAGCUUCGUAUAUUUGAACUACUCAGUAUAUCUUGCAUGUAUAUCCCAUCAUACCUCUCCUGUACCUCUAUAUAACUUGAUAUACUGCUCCUAUACAUAUCUCCUACACCUUCACAUAACUCUCCUAUACUGUACUUCUCCUGUACUUCUAUAUACCUGUCCUAUACCUUUUGUAUGCCUCUGUCCAUAUAUAAGUGUAAAGGCCCUAGCGACGUAACUUACUGUUAAAGUAGUAACACUGUUUGCGUCACAGACACAACAAAAAAUAACUUUUCUAGAUUUUUGUUAAGUUUUUUUUUUUGUUUAGCCGGGCACAGGUUCCACCUUAAAAGUUUUCGGAUAUGGUUGGGUGAGGGUACAUUUUUAGCCAAAAAGCUGGCUCAUGAUAUUGCUAUGGACUACUUCUUAUGCCUAACAUAUACCCCACAUUCCUCGCCUAUGCUUCCAUAUAGAUCCCAUUUCUCCUCCUUAUUGCUCUCCUCUAUACUUCUCCUAUGCUUUCUUAUAUCUCCAUAUACCUCUCCUAUGCCUCUAUAUAUAUUAGGUAUAAAUGUACCGACCUGCCUGAAAAGUCAGAGGCACAAAAUUUUUUUGUUAAGUGUUUUUCUUGUGUUAAGCUGGGCAGUUGUUUCGGUCGUUAAGAACCUCCUAGAAAGUCGGAUCGUGAUAUUGCAACAAACAUGUUCGACACAAGACGAGUAGCAAUUCGAUUUGACAUAAUUGCGAAGGCACUUUACCUUGCUCGAUGGCCGCACACUUCCAAGCCAAAACACUAGAUAAAUUCCAUCCCGUAUUAUUCGCGAGCGGUUUCACAAAAUAUAGGUCGGCCAUUGGGCAAAAUUAGAUCGUAAGGAAGUUAGACAUAUUUUUGUAAAUAAGACGCCUAGAUAAGUGCCAGUUCAAACACACACACCAUAACGUAUACAUAAUUGUUCGGGAAACACGCGAGGCGCGAGACGUUUUUAUAUAAAGUUAAGGGUUUUUUUUUGGUAGGAAAAUUUCCCCCUCAUCCGCCGCAUCCGUUUGAAGAUAUAUUUAAUUAUAUUAAUUACGUAAUAUUUGGUCAUGUGAUGACUGCCAUGUUUGUGUCGAAGAGUGUAUAAAUGUAAUACGCCGUUUAUUGUGUUUAGGUUUUAGUAGGGAUAUUUUUUUGUAAUUACGGUCGCUGGAUUUUUUUGGCGGUCGAUUCGAAAUUUCGCGUUCGUUAACGUUCGUGUGUAAAUAUUUUUUUUAACAGGCACGUCGUUUUUGCGUUUUUGAAAUUUACCUCUUGGGAGGCGAUGGAACCGCUGCCCGUCGUUUGGUUAACAUAUUCCCCCAUUGUACAUUCUUUCGAAAGAGCUGCAUCCACUGUGUUCAAUUUCUCGAUACUUUAAACUGCUAAUUUCUUAAUUUCUUUUUUGUAAUUUUGAAAAUUUCUCCUUUGCCACGCACGAGGACGUGUAUAAAAAAAUGAAAAAAUUGCAAUUUUUCUAGCGGACCUGGACGAACUUAUGAUGUAAGUAGGACGUUUUUCUAAUUAUAUUUAAGUUUUGCUGUGAGAGUCCAGGCGUACUCUUAAGUUAAUUGAUGUAUGUUUAUGAUGAAAAUAAAGUAUUUAAAGAAG